AUGGACUUCCCCGAGACUCAGUCGCCAGGCUACGCUCCUUCUGAAACCAUGAGCCAGGUUUAUUCCCUCCCUGACUGGGCUUCAGCAGCCUCGCUAACCGUUCUCCAGAACCCUACAUCCCGGGCCUCCAACCUGGACGACCUCCUGGAGCACUGCAAAGAAACCGGGGCAGACGUCCAAAUAACUAGUGACGGGCCGGGUCAAAGUUCCGGAAGAAGGUUCACUGUCCAGGGCGGAGGAAAGUAUGCCGUCGUCGAGGAAAACAUCCUCGCCUCGACGCUGAGAGGAAGGGAGUUACUACGCAGCUACGGAUGGUGCCAGUGGUCGCUCAUGGACUUCGCCUGUUCCUGGUUCAUUUGUGUGGGCGGCUCCUACACAGUCUGUCCCCCCCGGCGUUCCCCCGCAGGCGGUGGGCAGCAACCAACGGCGUGA